UUGACCUGCUGACUAAUGUGGCUGGUUUGCUUUGCCACACGCGUACUUACAUGCAGGACUCACUCGUGAGUGUCACAUCAACAUAUCUAAACGCUGGGUUAGACUUAGCUUCAACGAAUUACAACCGUAUCUGAUGUUUUGUGCAACAAACCUAUAGAGUGGGUCUUUUGUGCAAAAUUAAAACAAAUAGUUGAUGAUUUGUGUAAUUUACUCUGCACAUGGGUGAUGUACACAAACGAUAAGAGAAAACGAAAAAUGGUAUGACAUGUACUGCACAGGUGCACUUUUUUCUGCAAGUUUGAACGUGCAAAAGAGGCCUCAACUCCAAAAUCGCGUGUGCACUUUUGUCCGCAAGUUCAUCUAUCCGCUGCACUUGCAGCCUUGCAGGACAGGACAGCGAGCAGGACUCUAGACGCGCCCCAGGAAGACCAGCGUCACCACGCCGGCCAGCCGGCAGGCGGCAGGAGCACCGACGCGCACCAUGUCUUCCUCUCCCUCCGCCAACCCGGGCCACGGCGUCGCCACCGCCGCCGCGGCGUCCAGGCCCACGGACCCCAAGGGCUUCGCCUCGUUCCUGCGCACCCAGGACGAGGUCGACGCGCUCUGCGACGAGUACGGGGUACCCAAGAACCAGUACACCGCGCGCCCCGCCGGGGACCUGUGCGCGAACUCGACCCCGCCGCCCAGGGCCAUCUGCGUGUAUGCACAAGCGCUGGAGGCCGGGAUGCGCGUCCCGCUGGAGGGCUUCUUGCGCGAGGCCCUCGCCCACUUCGGCAUCGCGCCGGCCCAGCUCACGCCCAACGGGUGGCGCAUGAUGGCCGGCUUCCUCGUGCUCUGCCACCUGACCGGCGUGCCGCCGUCGCUCGCGGUGUUCCGGCGUUUCUUCCUGCUGUCCAACGUCUCCCAGAAGCACAAGAAAGGCUGGUACUUUUUCCGGUCCAGGGACAGCUCCGACUUGCGCUUCACGGGGAUGCCGCACCCGUAUUCCAUUUCCUUCAAGGACUGGAAACACGAGUUCUUCUUCCUCUCGUCGCCGGAGCCGUGGCCUUGCGCCAUGGAGUGGCGCGAGCCGUCCAAGAGCUCACUGGUGAUGCCGGUGCUAACCGGCGAGGAAAAUCAGUGGGCGGCCAAAUUGCUGCGUGCUUACGGCGGCGCGGCCGUUGAUCUCAACGCGUAUCUCACCACCAGCAACCUUGCCGCCGCAAUGGCAAUCACUACUUCCAAAGGCAUGUAUCCCUCUGCCCACGACAGGAUGAAGACUAUGCUCGCGGAGAAGGCGGACGCGCGGGCGUCGGCGUCGGCGAACAGGGUGAAGGCUGAGCCGGGCGGCGACGCAGCAGGGUCGCUAUCUCUGUGCGGGGAGAAGCGGGGUCUGGAGGAAGCCAACGGCGAGGAGGAGGUCCCGCCUCUUUCACUGCUGAACACGCCGCUGUCCAGCGUGUGCGCGCCACCGCCCGGCUUCUCCCGGAAGCCACAGCACAUCGCCGCAAGCACAAGGCACGCCGGGGACACAAUGGACUGGGAUGCUGCAAGGGAGCUGCUGCAGGGCGCCGUCUCGACGCCGCUGGAGCGCGCGUUCGCGGCCAACGAGCCUUCCGACGUCGUCAAGUCGAGCUUUGCAGCGAUUCUCCAGGCCGCGAACUACGCGCCGUUCUCCUUCCGGUACGCGCUGGAGCUGGAGGAGAAACUGGCGGCCAGGGAGCGCGAGGCCGCGGCGCUGCGGGAGCAGCUGGAGGAGGCAAAGGCCGAGCUCGCGGCGACGAAGCAGGCAAAGGCGGAGCUCGAGAAGGCGAAAGGCUGGCUCGCCGUGGCGAAGCGGGCCGGGGAGGCGCAGGCCGAGCUCGCCGCGGCUCGGGCGGAGGCGGUGGAGAAGAGGGCCGAGCUCGCCGCGUUGAAGCGGGCCGCGGAGGCUGAGGCGGAGAAGGCGAAGGCCGGACUCGCGGCGGCGGAGGCGGUGGCGGUGCAGCAACUCCUGGCGUCGGAGGAGGACGUGCGGCGUCGCGCGGAGCACGCGCUGGAGGGGUACGAGCGCUGGCGAGGCCUUCAGGCUCCGGCCGGUCGUGCCGCUUGAGUAGCUCGUCCAUCGGUCUCGCUAGAUGGCUCGUCGGCAACAUCGCUGGAGAUGACGAACAAAUUUUUGGUUGAUCGAUCGGUCCUAUGCGCUCAGCCUCUGUUCUUCUAGGCAAUCGAGUGCGCGGAUCGAUUUUAUCUGGAGGUCACAUUUUUCUAGGAGUAACUUUUUGUUGGACGCGUCUAGCGACGGCCGUUGGCCCGCUAACGAGUAGGGAAGAUUAUUUAAGAAAGAGACCGUUUAAGAAAUCUCAAACGCACAUAAUUACAUCUGAUCCCCACAGUGUAGUUUGCAUGCAUCCAUGUGACUGCAUGAUCCAACUAGUUUGCAUGCGUGCAUGCUUGCAUUCUCAGAUAGUAUAUUUAAUGUGGCAAUCUGCUGUGUAAACGUAUUUAAUUCGUAUUUCAUUUUUUUCUA